AUGGGUUGCUUACAUUUUCUUAAAAAGGACAUAUCAGAGGAAAAGGUGAACAAGGUACUCCAGAUUUGCACACUGGAUGGAGCUAUUGAUAGCCAUGGUCAUCCUGCUGUUCGAGAGAGAACUGGAAAUUGGGUUGCUGGAAUUUUGAUUCUAGUGAACCAAGGACUUGCGACUUUGGCAUUCUUUGGUGUGGGAGUGAAUCUUGUACUAUUUUUGACUAGAGUGAUGGGUCAAGACAAUGCUGAUGCAGCCAACAAUGUGAGCAAAUGGACAGGGACAGUUUACCUCUUCUCUCUUCUUGGAGCCUUCCUUAGUGAUUCUUACUGGGGAAGGUACAUGACCUGUGCAAUCUUCCAGGUCAUCUUUGUUGUUGGUUUGGUGUCAUUAUCACUAUCAUCUUACAUAUUCUUGUUGGAGCCUAGAGGUUGUGGUGAUAAAGAAUUACCAUGUGGAUCACAUACAUCAUACCAAACAACUUUAUUCUAUGUUUCCAUAUAUUUAAUCGCGCUAGGAAAUGGAGGAUAUCAACCUAACAUAGCUACAUUUGGUGCUGAUCAAUUUGAUGAAGGAGAUCCUAAAGAGCAACAUUCAAAAAUAGUAUUUUUUAGCUAUUUUUAUUUGGCUUUGAACCUUGGGUCACUUUUCUCAAACACCAUAUUGAAUUAUUUUGAGGAUGAGGGACUAUGGACUUUGGGAUUCUGGGCAUCAGCUGGUUCUGCUACAAUGGCAUUAGUUUUGUUUCUUUGUGGGACACGAAGAUACAGAUACUUUAAGCCUAGUGGAAACCCUAUUCCUAGAUUUUGCCAAGUUUUUGUUGCUGCAAUUAGAAAAUGGAACAUCAAGGUAUCACCAAGUGAUGAAAAAUUCUACGAGGUUGAAGAAUGCUCAACCAAUGAUGGGAGAAGAAUGCUCCACACUGAAGGAUUUAGGUUCCUGGAUAAAGCAGCAUUUAUCACAUCAAAAGACUUCAACACGAUGGAAGGGAAUAAAUGUAAUCCAUGGUGUUUAGCUACUGUAACACAAGUAGAAGAAGUGAAAUGUAUAUUAAGACUACUACCCAUUUGGCUAUGCACCAUAUUAUACUCGGUUGUUUUUGCUCAAAUGGCAUCACUCUUUGUGGAGCAAGGUGAUGCUAUGGACACUAGAAUUUCCACUUUCCACAUUCCUCCAGCAAGCAUGUCUAGCUUUGACAUUCUUAGUGUAGCAGUUUUCAUCUUCAUUUAUAGGAGAGUUCUUGACCCUCUUGUAGCCAGAACAAUGAAAUCCAAAGGACUCACUGAGCUUCAGAGGAUGGGAAUUGGUUUAGUCCUAGCAAUUGUGGCCAUGGUUUCAGCAGGGCUAGUAGAGCAAUUCAGGUUGAAGAAUGCAAUAGAAGAUUGCAACAAUUGUGAAGGGUCUAGUUCACUAUCCAUAUUUUGGCAAGUACCACAAUAUGUACUUGUAGGAGCAUCAGAAGUUUUCAUGUAUGUGGGUCAAUUGGAGUUCUUCAAUGGGCAAGCACCUGAUGGAUUAAAGAGCUUUGGUAGUGCACUUUGCAUGACUUCAAUAUCACUAGGAAACUAUGUGAGUAGCUUGCUUGUUGCAAUUGUGAUGAAGAUCUCUGCUAGAGAUGACAUGCCAGGGUGGAUUCCAGGAAACUUGAAUAAGGGACAUUUGGAUAGGUUUUACUUUCUCUUAGCAGCACUCACAACAGCUGACCUUAUAAUUUAUUUGGCAAUGGCUAAGUGGUAUAAAUAUGUCAAAUUUCAAGGAAACAAUGAAGAUGUCAACAAAGAAAACCUGAACUCAAAGUGUAGACAUGACUUGGUAUAA